AUGGAGGUCCGACGGCUCCGUCCCGUGUGGGGCAAGGAUACCGUUUGCACGUACCGAAACGUCACUUUCUUCACAGGACGAGCGGAGGUGGUUGGAGACGACCACAGCCCCACAUCCCUGCCUGCUCACAAGGGAACUUGCGAUGUGAGAGCCACGGCGACGGGAAGAAGAAGAAGAAGAAGAAGUAGAAGAAGAAGAAGAAGAAGAAGAAGAAGAAGAAGAAGAUGAAGAAGAAGAGGAAGAAGAAGAAGAAGAAGAAGAGGAAGAAGGAGAAGAAGAAGGAGAGGAAGAAGGAGAAGAAGAAGGAGAGGAAGAAGGAGAAGAAGAAGAAGAAGAGGAAGAGGAAGUGGAAGAAGAAGAAGAAGAAGAAGAAGAGGAAGAGGAAGAGGAAGAGGAAGAGGAAGAGGAAGUGGAAGAAGAAGAAGAAGGAGAAGAGGAAGAGGAGGAAAGGAGUGACCGCCCUCCGCCCGCACGGCGGCAAGGGGACGACCCCUGCUGUUGCUGUCCAGGAGAUAAGGGAAAGCUUGUUUUACUUCUCCCACGUCGGCCGUUUACUUGCCGCCGGAGGGGGCGGGGAUGUGGACCCGUGCCGUGGGGAUCAGCUUAUCCACUUGCCGGAAUAUGUGAGGCGUACCGACGAUACCUGGUUAAGGGUUGA